AUAGUCCUGUACCUGUAUAGCCUUGUGUGCUCGAUGUUGUGAGCAAAAGCAACCGAAGACGAGUUUUGUAUUGUUUUUGUUUUGUUUUGUUUUGUUUAUUUUGUUUUGUUUUGUUUUGUUUUUGUUUUUGUUUUUAAUACAAAACAACCAUUUAACCGCCUUUUGUAAACCGUUUAGAGUGGGAGCUGCGUCCCCGCCAGAGGUUUUCUGUGGCCUUCGGCUGAAAUCAGUCUGGAAAUGGCACUAUUUCCUGUAUAGUAAUCGUGGGGACACAUAAACAACAAUCCGGUAAUUCCUACUAAACGUUAGCUUGUUAUCCGCGUAUUUCUUAGGUUGUUUGACAAGAUGUCAGUAAUUAAGCACUUCAAGAUGAUCUUGAGUGCUUUCAAAGAUUUUGCCCCUGUUCUCACAAGCGGGGUUCUCACAGUGGCGUUCGUAUCGUGCAUUUUCUUUGUUAUCCAAAUAUAUUUCAACUUAACCCGAGGCGUAUUCAGCGUUGGAGCCAGUGUUUUUCAACAUGGACACAUCCACAGACUCUUCAUGUAUCCCCUUUACCACAAAACCUUUGAUCAGCUUGUGUUGAACAUCACAGCCCUAGUGUUUCUCAGUGGCAGUUUGGAGAAAGGUGUUGGCACAGUCCGUUUCCUGUUGUUCUUCCUUCUACUCUCCACCACCACAGGUUUGUUUUACAGUUUCCUGGAUCUCCUGCAGAAUGAUUAUAUCCAAGGUCAUACAGAGGGUUUGGUUCCUGUCACGCUGGCCUGUGUGGCUCUAACUACCAUGCACACAAAAAUGAACAAAAGUUUCUUGUGUGGAUUCAGUUUCCCCUCCAUGGCUCUUCCUUGGGUGUUCCUCAUAAUAACUAGUGCUCUCAUCCCCCACAGUGUACUGCCCUUUAAUAUCAUAGGCAUUCUGACUGGGUGGAUGUAUGGUAGGGGGUGGUUUUCCAUUCUGCACAUGUCUGAGGCCAGAGCUGGAGCUGUGGAGAAAAUGAUGCCUUUCAGGUUGUUGAGGAGCAUUACCACAGUUGUGUUUGUUCCUGCUUCCACAGAGGAGAAGAGGAAGAUCCUCCUUCCAAAAAUCAACCUCACCCCUGCAUCUUACCCAGUCCAGAUUUAUGCCCCAUUGUCCAGCAUGAACACUGCUGAUAUCACAGCUAAGAUGCAUGAAGGUUGGCCACACUCAGCUAUUUCCUUUUCCAGUUCCACACCACUUCCUAAUAUUCAUGGACAUGGACAAAACUUCACGUCACAGACAAUAUCCAAUGUUCAACCAUAACCAUGGUCAUGGUUUACCUCACAGCAUUCUGGUAUGAGCGGUAUCUGUAUACUACUCAUUUUACCAGACGUGGAUUCCAGCAGCAUUAUUGGAUUGAUCAUUGCAAUAAGGAUUCAGAAGGAAAGGGCAAGACUUAUUGAAGAAACAAGAGUUUGUGUGAAUCAUAGAGUGGAGUGGACUCAUUGAUUUGAAGAACGUGUACAAACUGAUCACCAGACAAGACUGAUGGUGAUGAAACUGAGAAUGAAGCAAAACUGACACUUUUCGAAAACAGAGACAGAAAUAUUCCAAAUUGACCUUGGAGGACUGGAGACAGUGUGCAAACCUCCCUUACCGAAUUUACAUCUAAGUGACAAUGUGUUUCUGCCUGGCUGUAUAGUUUCAUGAAGUUUCUUUGUUGUUAAAAUAAUAUGGGUGUCUUGUAAAUCUAAUAUUUAACAUUUACUAUGUUUUAUUUCUACCAAUAAACUUUUUCAUAUGAUAA